AAACCCACGCCGUGAUAUCGGUGACGGCGCGUUGCUUUGAAGCUGUUAGCGUUUAGCAGCGGAGAUGCAGAGACCGGUGUCCAGUUUGCCUCUGAGCCAGGCUGUGAGGCUGAAACUGGGCAGUGCUGGUUUCCAGCUCACCUCGGACCUACAGGACUUCAAACCGGACAAGCUUAGCAAAGAGACCGGCCUGAGCGAAGAGGAGGCUGUGGAGGUGCUGAAGGCUGUGAAAGGUGGAGGAGGAGGAGGAAGUGGUGACUUCUCAGCAUCUCUGACUGCUCUGGAGCUCCUGCAGAAGGAGGAGGAGUUAAGGAGCAUCGUGACAUUCUCCUCUCAGCUGGACGAAUCUCUCGGAGGAGGAAUUCCUGUUGGGAAAAUAACGGAAGUCUGUGGAGUUCCAGGAAUCGGAAAAACGCAGCUGUGUCUGCAGCUGGCGGUGGAUGUUCAGGUGCCUCAGUGCUUCGGGGGGGUCGAAGGUCAGGUGAUGUUCAUCGACACAGAGGGCAGCUUCCUGCUUCAGAGGGUAACUGAUAUCGCAGCAGCCGCCGUUAGACACUGCUCCUUAUUGGCUGAGGACGAUGAGCAACGAGCCGCCACGGAGACCUUCACCGUGGAGACCGUCCUGUCCAACAUCUUCCUGGUGCGUUGCCAUGACCACGUGGAGCUGCUAGCCGAGCUCCAUCUACUUCCUGACUUCCUGUCGCAGCAUCCAAAGAUCCGCCUUCUGGUGAUCGACAGUGUGGCAUUUCCUUUCCGCCUCCUCUUUGACGAACUUUCACAGAGGACACGCCUCCUUAAUGGUGUCGGCCAGCAGCUAAUCACCAUGGCAAUAAACUAUAACAUUGCAGUAGUAAUCACCAACCAGAUGACGACCCGGAUCCGGGACGGCCAAUCGCACAUUGUCCCUGCCCUUGGGGAGUGUUGGGGCCAUGCCCCUACGAUCAGGCUCCUCCUACAGUGGGAGGGGUCGCGGCGUCUGGCGACCAUCUUUAAAUCUCCAUGUCACAUGGAAACCAUGGUGCAAUACCAGAUCACCCCCGAAGGCUUCAGAGAUGCCGAUCAAUCAGAAAUGCCACAGAGUAAACAGCCUCGAAUGGACACUGACCAAUCAGCUGCUGAUCCAAAAGAAACAAGCAGCUGAUUGGUUGGAAACUGUCCGGUAAGAAGAGGCUGAUUGAACGUUUACCUUAUGUGGAUUUAAUGACACUGCUGUGUUCACACAGGAGGUUCCUGUUUAAAUAAAGUUCAGUUUGAGUCCAGCAGGUGGAGACACAGAACAGGUCAUCAGUCAGUGGCUCUUCCUGUCUGCGCCGUUCAUCCCUGACUUUCCCGAGUAGAUGCAGAAUGUUUCUGCAUUUAGAGAAGAUGCUCUGCAGAAGAGCAGGGGUCAGAGGUUAGAUGGUGGCCCUCUUGUUUGCAGAUUCUUCAUAUUUAUAUAUGUUGAUAUUUAUAGAGGGAUAUUGGAACUACAGACACAUCUGGAUUCAUUUAGUUUAUUAAAACAUCAUUUCUGUUGUUUCUACUGAGACGAUCUUGUCUUACCCUCAGGUGCAACACACAUUACUGUUGUGUUCUAGCUUUUCUUUAAGAUUGUUUCUUCUGCUGGAACUAGGCAGAAACACUGGCUCAUUUGCAGUCCACCCUCACAGUCCAUGAGUGUGAUUCUGUUUAGAGUGCUUAGGGGUCGCGUAAAUAAGGGGUGAGGUAGAAAUACAGUGGCGAGCUUUAGGAUGUCCUCGCUUUUCUCUGAUGGAAAACAGGAGGAUUGAAGUGUUUAAGCUUCUUACUGACUGAUGACUAUAAGCACCAAGCCACCAUGGAGACCUUCAUGACUGCUUGUAGAAAUCGUGUCAGCAAUUUUCACCUGUUGAGUUUAAAUUUCAUUUAGGUGAAAUAAAAUGGAUUUAUUCGUUUCUUUUAUUAUUGUGAUUUAUGACAACAACAAUUAAAAUAAUGAACUUCAUUGACCAAAGAAGCAGAAUAUGGUCAGAUCCAGCCAUUUUUGGACAGAAAUGUUGUGGCCAGGGGCGCCACCAAGGGGGGGGGCAGGGCGGCCACUGGCCACCCCCAAAAAUGUACAAGACUGUCCAAUGUUGGUUAUUAUUUUAAAAAUGAGCACAAGAGACAGGAAGACACCCCACAGUGAGUUGAAAUAUUGUAUAUAAUGUUAUAAUAAUUGUUUACAAUUUUUUUUUUUGUCAUUUUUAUUCUGUCACUUUGUACGUCCUUCACGAUUUCCCGUCGUCACCCCCUCCCUUCAUUGCGUCCCUGCCCUGUUCUGUUUUUGGUGCGCCAUCUCGAUAUUUUUAGUGGCCCCCAUAUGGCCACCCCUGUGAAAAAAAUUCUGGAGGCACUCCUGGUUAUGGCUUCAAUAUCCAGACGCCAACAGCAAUGCCCUGUGUCCAUCUUUUAUAUACAGUCUGUGUGUGGACUCUCCCAUGAGAAAGACAAAGCCCGUUGGGGUUACUUCAGGGAGGAUGUCUGACAUAAAUAAAAAUCUGGCAAAUUAAAACAUGUCAAGCUGCCUGCUGUGCUGUUCUGAAUAAGGGAGCAGCUGAAAAAAGCUUCUUCUGUGUGUGGAGAAUCCACACAGAAGUAAUGAGAGAAAGGGCCGAUAAUGAAUACACAACAUCUCCCAUGAUGCACUUCUGCUCACAUGAUUGGCAGCUGCAGAAAUAAACUGAAAUAAUUUCACAGAAGUUUUUGUCAUUCCGAACUUUUUUUUUUUAUUAUUGUUUUUGACACUGAAUAUUUACAGGCAGAUGUUCCCUAGCAACAGAUGUUGUUAUCGCUACACACAGGAAGAUCAAAGUGGGUUUAAACAUCAGGAGGUAAACACUGAACACCUGUCCGACACCUGAGCAGGUAAACACGCUCAGAAGUGACAGAAGCCAGCAGUAGUGGCUGCCGGUAAACAAAGGGUCAGCUUGGUACAUUUUGGGCACUUUUCAGGGCAUUUCUUAUCACUGCUGCCCUGAGAUGUUUCUGAGUUACAGAAAUUGCAUAUGCAUAGGCUCUAUUAAAAGUUGGGUGGUUACUGUUUUCUCCAGCUUAGUGAAGACAAAACAGAAGUCCUUCAGCACAGAUUUGUGCCUAAGCUAAAGGAAACUCCAGGUCCUUUUCAGAAACCUCGGCUUUCACUACAGAUGUUCACUCACUUAAAAAAUGUUAAUGUUUUGUUAUUAAUGCUUUUAUUUCAUCACCCCCGGAUUGCUGUUAUUCAUUGUUCAUUUGUCUUCAUAAAACCUCCCUGGGACAUCUUUCAGUGAUGAAUGAGUGCACUACCUCCUCAUUAACUUCAGAGUCCACUUUAAGAAUCUAGUUUUUACUCGUAGAGCUCCGUAUGGACGGUGAAUCAUCCCCCAUCUCUCAGCCUGAGAUCUGUGGAUUCAGUCUGUUUAUAAAAAUUACUAAAAUUCAUCCUUUUAAACUUGUUUAUGGGUAACUUCUU